AUGACGGACCCGGUUGUGGAAUCUGCCUAUCAAAAGGGCAUCUUGCCCGAUGCCAAGGCUGUUGAGGAAGGUCCUCGUCGGACGGAUGGUGUUUCUGGCUUGUAUGAAGGAAAUGUCUUCGAGGCUACCCCGGACGAUCGUCGCCAGAUCGGUGUCAUCAGUGCCUCCUUUCUGAUUUUCAACCGUGUCAUUGGCACUGGUAUCUUCGCUACCCCGAGUACUAUUCUGUCUUUGUCGGGUAGUGUUGGUCUGUCCCUGAUCAUGUGGGUCAUUGGUACUUUGAUUGCUAUGGCUGGUACUGCUGUCUAUCUGGAAUGGGGUACUGCUAUUCCCAAGAACGGUGGAGAGAAGAACUACCUCGAAUAUGUCUUCAAGAAGCCCAAGUUCCUGAUGACGGCCAUGUACGCGGCCUAUGCCGUCCUGCUGGGUUGGGCGGCCAGUAACAGCGUCGUCUUUGGCGAGUAUAUCCUGAACGCGGCGGACAUUGAAGUGGAUCGUUGGAACCAGCGUGGUAUUGGUUUGGCCUGUAUCACGGCUGCCUUCCUCAUCCAUUCCUUUGCUGUCAAGUGGGGUCUCAUGCUUCAGAACUUCUUGGGUGUGGUCAAGCUCGUCAUCAUCCUCUUUGUCAUCGUUGCGGGAUGGGUGGCUCUUGCUGGUCAUAUGAAGAUCGAUCCUCCCCACAAUUUCACCAACGCCUUCGAGGGUACCACUGAUACCGGCUAUGGCAUUGUCAUGGCGUUGUACAAUGUCAUCUGGUCCUUCAUUGGAUACUCGAAUGCCAACUACGCCUUGAGCGAGACCAAGAACCCUACUCGUACCCUGAAGAUCGCUGCCCCCAUUGCCAUCAUCUCGGUCGGCAUCAUGUACAUGCUGUGCAACAUCGCAUACUUUGCCGCGGUCCCCAAGGAGCAGAUGUUGUCCUCUGGCCAGACUGUCGCCGCCGCCUUCUUCGGCAACAUGUUCGGUGCGCGUGCCGAAAAGGUGAUGUCGGUCUUCGUGGCCCUGUCUGCCUUUGGUAACGUUCUGUCGGUCAUCUUCUCGCAAGGACGAAUCGUCCAAGCCCUCGGUCGCGAAGGAGUCCUCCCUCUGUCGAAGAUCUGGGCCAGCAACCGGCCGUUCAACUCGCCCGCCGCUGGCCUCUUCGAGCACUGGGUCGUCUCCGUGAUCAUCAUGUUGGCCCCGCCUCCCGGCGAUGCCUACAACUUCCUGGUGAACCUCAUCUCGUACCCGCUGUCCAUCGUCAACGUCUUCGUGUCCGGUGGUCUCAUCUACAUCUACCUGACCAAGGAGAAGAACUUCCCGGACUGGGCCCCCGGUAUCCGGGCCACUCUCCCCGUCACCAUCUUCUUCUGCCUGUCCAACAUGUACUUGGUGGUGGCACCCUACGUGCCCCCCAGUGCCGGACAGAGUGUCUACAACAACCUGCCUUACUACCUGCACUGUGUGGUGGCGCUGGGCAUCUUCGCCCUCGGCGCUAUCUACUACUUGGUGUGGGCGGUGCUGAUGCCUCGCUUUGGUCGCUACAUCCUUGUCAAGGAAUCGGUGGUGGAUGCCGAUGGCUGGUCCAGAAGUGUUUUUACCAAGAUGCCGAUUGAGCAGGCCGAGGCGCUGAGGUAUCAGGAGGCGGGGGAGCAGCAACAGGAGCAGCAGCAGCAUCAUUUCUGA